AUGCCUACCAAGAAACCUACUGAAGAACACCUUGAACCUGAAGAAGAGAAUGAAGAGCAAGAGGACGGAGGACUGAUUCGGACGUGUCAUCUGUGUGGUAAAGCUCAAUGUGGCCAACGAAGAGGGCGCGUCCGGUGUGCCUAUUGCAAACGAGUCUUUUGUCUCCAACAGCUAUACAAAAAAUUCGGUAUCCGUACCACUGUUGAUGAUCGUAAUUUCAAAUGUCCUCGUUGCUUAGGGAUUUGCUGUUGUGUGACUGACUGCAAAAAGGGACCUCCCCAUGUGCACUGCAAAGUCUUCAAAGUUCGGCAAAACAAGCGAAAAAACCGAGAACUCGCUGCUCUCGAAAAUGCAGCUCAAGAGGCGAAAUCCUUUGUCCAACCUGUUCGUCCUAUCAUCCAACCAGCGGAAGUUCCCCCCAUGCACCCUGCACCCUGUAUCACACGCAUUCAUUCCAUCCCUUCCUUUACGUCGCUAACGGCUCUCCCCUCAUUCCAGCCGCUCCCCACUCCCGAUCUCUCGAUAAAACUGGAACCAGACGUACCGCACGCCUCGAGCUACAUUCCGAUCUCUCCUUCCGCGCCUUCUUCCUACCUUCCUCUCCCUCUUCCCGAUCCCCAGCCUCCACUCUACGCAGAUCCCUACCUCUCCACGAGCUACGGCACCCCUCUCGAGCUCUCACGUGUUCAACACAGCGAUUGGCUCACGCAGCUCAAUCUCAAAGCCCUCGACGACCCCGAGGCGCUUUCUCCCUACUCCAGUGCCUUCCUGCCCGGCGAAACACCCAGCGAUGAGUCGCUUUCCGCGGGAAAACACGACAAACUCGCGAGAAGAGCGCGAGAAAACCGCGGGUUUGUCGAUCGGCUUCGCUCGUUCUUCGCGGGACGAAGCGAGUUUUCGCGGGAACUUCUCGAGUCGCAGCAAUCGGAAUUGCUCCGCGAUGCGCUGCAGCUGCAGUCGAAAGCGGAGAAAAGCGAUUUGCUGCUGAAGAUGGUUGACAAUUUCAAUCAAAACACAAUUCACGCGACGGUCACGUGGCAAUUAGUCAGCAACACGCUUCGUUUAUGUGAUUUCCCGCGGUAA